UCCCCCUUUUAGAUAACAACGGACUUAAAAUAAAAUUAUUAGAAAUGGACAAAAAAAAAAAAAAAAUAAUAACCGGCACCUCGAUGACGUCACGACCGCGCGUCUCCCGAAAAGAAGUUUAAAUUCAAACCGGCGUCGAGGCGGGGCGGACGUGCGGCCUUUUCUCUCUCGUUUUUUCCUUCGUUUUCGCACUUAUUUCGUCGUUAGAGAGUCUUAACAGAAUAAUUAUUACCAAUGGAUGAGAAUGUGAUACCUAUUGAGAACCUGCCUAGUCAAAAUGCCCACCUGAAAGCUGGUCCACAAGCAGCCGACAGCGUCAAACGUUCUCCUUUCAAAGAGCUCGGAAAUAAUGCUUUGGGGACGAGAGCCAACGGACCGACACCAAAGAGUACUGCCACACCAUCCAAAUACAAUGUCAUUUCGGAACUGGAUGAGGAGAGGACUUGGCGCGAAAGGACUGAAGUUGUCACAGCGAUAGACCACAGCGCGUAUAAGGACUACGCCAAGGAGAUGAUUGCUGAUGUCAUCGAUCAGAUUCCGUCAGCGACUAACAGGUCAACUGUUGUGGAUAAUAAACUACUACAUCCUACAGUUGCUGAAUUUAGGGGAUCUCCUGUAGCUGCUUUAGUUGGGGACUCAGAUUCAGAAUAUGAGAGUGCUGGGGAACUAGAUGACACAGCUAUUGAAAAAAUCAUACCAUCUCCUGUCGUACCAAAGGCAAAUUCCACUCUCUUGGAUGUUUCCAAUUCUGCUAACAUUACUCUAAACAGGUCGGAUGUUGGUACUCUUCUGAACAGUUUUGAGAAUAUGAAACUGAAUGAAACCAGAGACAUUCCUGAAGAGGAUAAUUUCCAUGAUGCAAGUGACUCGGUUGAAAAUACUUCUCAAAACUUGUCACCAGGGAAUAAAGAUGCGGAGAAAGUUUCCACUUCACUGCAACCCAACAUGCACAAUGACACCUUUGACCAGCUUACAGCUUCUUUUGAAAAAGUUGCUGUCAGUGACACAUCUGAUAUGAAUACACCUGUGAAGAGCAAGGAAAAGCCUUUGGCACGUGUGGAGCUUAACAAAACAGCAGAAAUAGAGGAUUCCUCCAAUUCUGUAGUGGAACCCAUUGUUAUAAUCCCCUCUUCCCCUGAUAAAGUGCCAAAUGAUGACAGCCAGUCGCACUUGCAAGAAGGUGCUAAAGCAUUUGCAGAAGGACAAAUGGAAACGAGUCCAGAAGAGGGUGCAGGCAAUUCAGUAGCUGGAUUUGUGAAGGCAGACGAGGAAAAAGAUAUUGUGCCGAAGAAAGGAUACAACUUGGAAUUCUUGGACAGAUUGGAUGAUGCAAACUUCGAUCCUUUCUCAACAAAAGCAGCUGUGACAAAUUCUCCAGACAAAGAGAAAAGUAAAGUUGUGGCAGAUCCUGUUAUGAAGGAAAGAGAGUCAGAUUGUUUGGAUAAAUCUGGAGCUCUUGUAGAUAUAUCUGAGAAAACAGAAUUGCUGGAAGUGCAUGAAGCCAGGGAGGUAAACUGUAAAGAAAUAGGUCAGACUGAAGCAACUGAGGCGGUUGUGGCACCAGAACACAGACAAGAAAAUGGUGAGAAUGCGUCUGGGGAAAAAGUGCAGCAGUCGAGUACAGAAAUGGGGGAACAGGAUCAGCAAGAUGAAGCAGCUGCUCCUCCCCAGAAAGGAUACAGUUUGGACUUUGACAAACUGGAGGAUCUUGGUUUUGAUCCUUUUGCGACAAAAACGGCUGUCAGCAACUCUCCAGAGAAAGUUACCAAGGAAAAUGUGGCAGAGGAACCAGUCGAGUUUGUCAAGCCUGUGAGUGUGAUGCAAGAACAGAUAUUGUCGGAAAAUAAUGAAGAUAAACAAGAAGAAAGCCAUGCUCAUGUUAAAGAAGAUCCAGUUGAAGAUGGAUCACUGAAGACUGAGAUGGUAGCAGAAAAUGCUUCUGAGGAGCAAGAGGAAGAAAUAAUCCCUCCCAGAAAGGGAUAUAAUAUGGACUUCUUAGAUAAUUUAGAAGAUCCAAACUUUAACCCUUUUACUACUAAGACCUCAGUCAGUAACUCGCCUGGGAGGAGAGAGGAACCUGUUUCUCAGGUAGAAUCAGAACCAAAGCAGGAAGAGGAAGAUCCUGUCAAACUUUUGGACACACAGGAAGAAGUCAAAAUAUCUGAAGAUAUGGCUCCCAAAGCUGAUAUAACAGCAGCAGAAUCGGCCAAGGAGGAGGUGACGGCAGGAGUCAAAAUAUCUGAAGAUGUGGCUCCCAAAGCUGAUGUAGCAGCAGUAGAAUCGCUCAAGGAGGACAUGUCGGCAGAUCAAAGACAGGCUGAUGAGGCAAUGGACGUUUGUGAGGAGAAGGAGGAGGAAGAUGCACCAAUUCCUCCCAAGAAGGAAUACAAUCUGGACUUCUUAGAUUGCCUAGAUGAUUCAAACUUUAAUCCUUUUGCAACCAAGACCACAGUGACUAAUUCCCCUGACAAGAAAGAUGGCCCAGGGGCUAACAGCAAAGUUGUAGAGGCACCACCAAAAGCCAAGGAGACCCUUGUUGCUGAUGUCAUAGAAAAGGAUGAGAAGGUAACACAAAUUAAGACUUCAGAUAACAUAGUUGUCGAAGACAUGCUCGCUUCCUGUGGAAAAGGGGAGGAUACUGCCAGCAGUGAGAUGGCGAAGUCUGAGAAACCAAAAGAAUCCUCAGACACACAAGAGGAAGAUGAGCCAGUUCCCCCCAAGAAAGGGUACAAUCUUGAUUUCUUGGAUAACCUUGAUGAUCCAAACUUCAAUCCCUUUUCACUGAAGACCACAGUCACCAAUUCCCCGGACAAGAAGGACGGGCCAGUGGCCGAGAGCAAAACACCAGAGGAAGCCCCAAAACCCAAGGAAAAAGUUGAGAAGAAGAAACCUGUUGCAGCCCUCAAAGAAGAAGAAAAGAAGGUAACACAAAAGACUUCAUCUGCAAAAGAAAAGGAAGCUCUUGCAAUUAAGACAGUGAUGCCUAAGGAAGAUCAGGCAGAAGAGAAAUUGGAAGCACAAGAAGAGGAUGAAAUCAUUCCUCCCAAGAAAGGAUACAAUUUGGAGUUCCUGGAGAACCUCGAGGAUCCAAACUUCAAUCCCUUUUCAACCAAAAUCACUGUGCAGAAUUCCCCAGACAAGAAAAACUGUCCUGCGGCUGAGAACAAAGUGGCAGCAGAAGGUGCAACGAAGCCAAAGAAGGUGGCAGAGAAGAAGCCCGUUGCAGAUGCCAAGGAAGAGGAUAAGGCAACACAAAAUAAGAAGACUUCAGAAAAGGCUUCCUGUGCAAAGGGAAAGGAGGCUCCUAGAAGUAAGACAGUUGUGGCCAAGAAGGAGGCAGAAAACAGUGGCACCACAGAAGAGGGUGAAAUCAUUCCUCCUAAAAAGGGGUAUAACCUAGACUUGGAUAACCUUGAUGAUCCAAAUUUCAAUCCUUUUGCAACAAAGAUGUCUGUGAGCAAUUCUCCAGACAAGAAAAAAGAACCAGCGGUAGAGAGCAAGAAGGCUGAGGAGAAUAAAGUCUCUGAGGAAGUGCCAAAUCGUGAUGAGGAAAAGAAACCAAGUAAGGAAACUGGGAAACCAGUUGCUAUGAAGAAGAAGAAACCAGUGGCAAAGGCUCCCGAAGGAAAGCAAGACGAUGUUGCUACUGAGCCAAAGGGAGGGUACCAGCUAGACCUAGAUCAUAUUGAUGACCCCAAUUUCAAUCCAUUUGCAACCAAAUCGGCGGUUUCAAAUUCUCCCGGUAAAGCAGAUGCGUCUGUUGGUGAAAAGGAGGAAAGUUUGGGAACUUCUCAAGAAAAGAAAACUCAGGCUGAGGAUGCAAAAUCUGUGAAGAAAAGUAUCAAGAAAACACCAAAGGCUGAAGAUGCAGAGGAAAUAAAAGUAGAUAUUGUUCCCAAAAAGGGCUAUCAGCUGGACUUCUUAGACAACUUGGAUGAUCCAAAUUUCAAUCCAUUUGCAACCAAAGCAGCUGUAUCUAAUUCUCCAAGUAAAAGGAAGGCAACACAAGAGAAAGUGCAGGUAGAAGAAAAAAUACAAGACAGCAAAGAUAGGAACAUUGUAGAAACACAAACCACAGGGUCACAGAUCACCAAGAGCGAAUUUGCUAGUUCUCUAGGAAGUAUCGACUUUGACCAGAUAUCAAAAGAGGCGAUACGACUGGCUUCGGAAGUUACUCCGAAUCCUAAGACUCCUGAGGAGCAGAAGAUCAGCGAAUCGGCCCAGCCACGUGAUGUCUUCAGUCCCCUACCGGCAAGGCACUCGUCAGCAAAACAAGAGGCUUUCGGAAUGGACGAAUUCACCAGUGCCACUGAAUUAUCCGGUUGUGACCAAGACCUUUCGGAAGGAGAAAAAUUUCAGGAUGCAACCUUUCAUCCAAUCUUUAAUAACCCAGAAGACCUUGAUGUCCUGGGUUCACACGGGAUGGAAGGAGACAAGAUUAAUCUGGUGCGAAAUUCCCUCUAUGUCAAGUUUGAUCCUCUGGUUUCUGGGCGUCAGUCUCUGGCCCCCUUUCUUGCCCAGCAACUUCUUGGCACUAAGGAUGAGGAAGAUCCACGCAGAUUUAGUGGACUGAUAUCCUUCAGCCCUUCCCCUAUCAAGCCUCAGCGACCAAGGGAUGGUAAUGGUACACCUGUCAGACCACAUACAACAACAAGGGCUGAUGAAACACUGAUGUUGGAUAGUACUGCAUUGGAUAGCACAGUGGUUGGAGAGAACAGUAAUAUAUCCCUCAUGUCAAGUGGCCCAGCCCUCAAUAACACUGUUAUCAGCAAUGCCCCAAGUGAAUGUGCAAACGAGACGGUCAUUCAGGCUGUAGCUACAGAGAAAAUGGUACCAGAGCGUGUGAUGAACGAGAGGCUGAAGAACCUUGAAUUGUCAAUGCAGGACACUUUACUGAGGAAGAUCAGAGCUUUUGAAGAAGAACAGAAGAAGAGCAAGCAGCAGAUUGAAGAACAGAAUAUCGCACUUGCUAGCAUGGAGGAAGAAAAUGGGACACUGAAGGCAACAAUUGUCAAGAUGCAGGACGUCCUGGCCAAGAUCAUGAAACAAGAAGAAGCUAAGGAGAAAGAACGCAAGAAUCAGGUAUUGCUGCUGGAGAACAAGUAUGAAGCCAAAAUAUCGGCCCUGCAGAAGGAAAGCCAGCAGUACCAGGACGAGCUGAAGAAUGCCGAGGCUCCAUUCUUUGAUCUGGUCAAGAAAUUUGAGCGGUUGAGGGAGGUGACGGAGUGCCUGCGACGAAACGAGGAGAGCCUCAAGUCGGAGAAUGAAGGCUUGAAGGGGAAAUUGGCCCAAAAGGAAGAAACUUUCAAGAAUGUCCUGCAAACACUGGAAGAAAAUUAUGCCAAGGCACAGGAGGAAUUCUCUCAAGAAAAAGAAAAGCAUGAAAAGGAGCUUGGCAAGGCAUCAGUAAUGCUGAAGAGAGCCGAGGUGAAGAUCCUCUCCCUCACGUCGUCUUUGGAGGAAAAGAACGCAGACAAUCAACGGUUGGCUGCUCUCCUGGAUGACAUAACAAAUAAGUUUGGCUGAGGUGGAGGUCUGGACAAAGACUCAUCUGUGGUAUUUCUUUUUCACUUUGCAAAAUUUAGUAUCUUUAGCUUUAACCUUGCAAAACUUUUUGUUAAGUAAGAAAUAUUCAACUGUAUAAUGCUAGUAUAUAACCAGUCUUUUAAUUUCAGGCCAUUUUUAUGAUUCCACAUCUAAACGUUAAUGGGUUUUACUGAUUUUUUCCUUUUCUUUAAGUCUUCUUUGUCUGUCAGAAAAAUAUAUUUUAUUACCUUAUAAUAAAUAAUACUAUGAA